CCGGGGCCGGGACGAUGACUCUGGAGUCCAUGAUGGCGUGCUGCCUCAGCGAUGAGGUGAAGGAGUCCAAGCGGAUCAACGCCGAGAUCGAGAAGCAGCUGCGGCGGGACAAGCGCGACGCCCGGCGCGAGCUGAAGCUGCUGCUGCUCGGCACCGGCGAGAGCGGGAAGAGCACGUUCAUCAAGCAGAUGCGGAUCAUCCACGGGGCGGGCUACUCGGAGGAGGACAAGCGCGGCUUCACCAAGCUCGUGUACCAGAACAUCUUCACGGCCAUGCAGGCCAUGAUCCGCGCCAUGGAGACCCUGAAGAUCCUGUACAAGUACGAGCAGAACAAGGCCAACGCGCUCUUGAUCCGCGAGGUGGACGUGGAGAAGGUGACGACGUUCGAGCACCGCUACGUGCACGCCAUCAAGACCCUGUGGGACGACCCCGGCAUCCAGGAGUGCUACGACCGCCGGCGGGAGUACCAGCUCUCCGACUCCGCCAAGUACUACCUGGCCGACGUAGACCGCAUUGCCACCUCGGGCUACCUGCCCACCCAGCAAGACGUGCUUCGGGUCCGUGUGCCCACCACUGGUAUCAUCGAGUACCCUUUCGACCUGGAGAACAUCAUCUUCAGGAUGGUGGAUGUGGGGGGACAACGGUCUGAGCGGAGGAAGUGGAUCCACUGCUUCGAGAACGUGACGUCCAUCAUGUUCCUCGUGGCCCUGAGUGAAUACGACCAGGUGCUGGUGGAGUCGGACAACGAGAACCGCAUGGAGGAGAGCAAAGCCCUGUUUCGGACCAUCAUCACCUACCCCUGGUUCCAGAACUCCUCUGUCAUCCUGUUCCUCAAUAAGAAGGACCUGCUGGAGGACAAGAUCUUGCACUCCCACCUGGUCGACUACUUCCCCGAGUUCGACGGGCCACAGCGGGACGCGCAGGCCGCCCGGGAGUUCAUCCUGAAGAUGUUUGUGGACCUGAACCCGGACAGCGACAAGAUCAUCUACUCCCACUUCACCUGCGCCACCGACACGGAGAACAUCCGCUUCGUGUUCGCGGCGGUCAAGGACACCAUCCUGCAGCUGAACCUGAAGGAGUACAACCUGGUCUGAGCCGCCGCCGCGGGGACAGCUCGGCCGCCGGCCGCCGGCUCUGCUCCGGAAGAGUUGAUUUCGUUUGCAUAUUUUUAACAAAGGGUUUUUAUUUCACAGUUAUCAGGGGACCUACGUCUUUCUUUCUAUACACCUCGUGCACCUUCUCACCUGUGUCAGCGGCGAGGCCGCCUUUUCCUGGCCUUGACUCGUGGCUCGCUUUUUUCUAUUAAAAAAAAAAAAAAAGAAAAAAAGAAAAAGAAGGAAAAGAAAGAGACAAGACCGGCGGAGCAGAGGCCCAGGAGUGCGGCGCCCCCCUGCAGGCCGCGCCCCGGGCCGGCGGCCCCCCCACCCCACCCCAGCGCUCCGCGGGGACAGAGCCACCUGCCCGCCCUCCCCUCGCUCCUGGCCUUCACCCCGAGGCCCCAGGACUGUGACUUCUCUUUCUCUCGCUCCCUAAGUUAUUGACGUCCUGGACUCCAAGAAGUGGGGGUGGGCGGCGCCCUCCGCUGCCCGCCCUGGGAAGUGCCUAACCUUUUUUUUUUGGGUGAGGAGAUGAAGGCAGCGCGUAGGCUCCAUGGUUAAGGAGACGUCCGGGGGCCUGGGGGGCUCCCCUGGGGCCCCAAAGGCUGCUGUCCAGACACCGCCGAGGGGCCGUGGGCACCCUGCUGCGCCCAGGGAGCCGGACUGGGAGUCGGUUUCGAUGUGUUCUGUUUUGAAGCUAACUUGGAAGCAGUGGGGGCGGGGGGCUCUUUCAGAAUAUUCUCAGGUCAGUCCCCGAGCGGCAGAGAAGGGACUUGCCCGCGGUUCCCAGGCGCGGCCUCCGGCGCAAACCCUUGCUCCCACUUCUGCCCCCCCCCCGAGCCCCCGGCCCCCGGGAGGCGAGCACGACGCGCACUUUGCCUGGAGCCGUGGAGGGCUGGCGGCUGCUGGUGCCGCGGCCCCGCGUGGCUUCCAGGCCUGGCCACAGCCAUGGCCACGCACUGAGCCAGAGCCACGGGCUGCCUUGCCUGGGCCCCCUCCUUCUGAGGGGCUCGGAGGGUGGGAACAAGCGGGGGCUGUGUUUGGGGGGAUGCGUUUUUAUCUGACGCAGACUGAGCACUACAGUGUUUUUUGUGGGUUUUGUUUUGUUUUGAUUUGCACAACGUAGCGGGAACGAGCUGCCAGUGAUGCCUUGCUCCCCCCCAAUCUGGUCCGGGCCGCCCGCCCACAGGAGAAGCAACAGCAAGCCGGACGCCAGGACGCCAGGCCUGGCCUCGCUCCCUGCACUCUCCUGAUGCUGUCACAGGAAGGAGGGGGCUGGCGGCGACUGCAGGCAGCUUCUGCAGGGUGGGGCGGCGACAUUCCUAGUGAUCAGCCCUCUCUGGGGACAGUCCUGCCCGGGAGGGGGCGUGCCAAAGUCCACAGCGUGUGCCCUGGGUGCUGCUGGGGUGGGGCCUGCCCAGGGACAUCGGGGGGCCUCGCAGGGUGGGCACCUGGAGGUCUCAGCACCUCUCGGGCCCAGAUCACAAGGGAGGUGGAUUGGGUCUCGGGGGCGCAGGGUGUGACUGGGCCAAAGUAUUCCUUCUUCCUGGAGGGAGCAGCGUGCCAAGCACCCCAGAGCCAAAGUCUGGCUGGACCGCCGCGCCACCCCCGCCCUGCGCUUCUGGAACUCCGAGGGCCCAGGGCUGGAGAACGGGGACACUGCUGUGUGCCAUAGAGGCUCGGAGACCCACUCUGUGCCAGUGCCAGUGGAGCCUGGGUGGCCCGGGCCCCUCCCUCGCCCAUUGUGUGGGAUUUAUUUUUCUCGUUUUCCUCCCUGGGGAGCUCCAUCCCCCUCCCGGACUGUGUCAGGUCCCAGCAGAGGGGCCCUGGUCCCCCAUCCCCCGCUCGCCCAAGAGACAGCCUGGUGCCAGUGCCCCCGAGCAACCGCCGCUGGCCCCCUCUGGUUAUACUUGUAUAUUAUACAGUCCUGAUUUCAGACGGUUUCAACCUUAACCUAUUUUAAAGAAGAAUAUUAUAUAAAAAUACUGUUUUUAAACCUUUUGUCAUUUGAAAUGCAUGUACUGUUGUGCGCGCUGGCGGACAGGCCCAUUAGCUCAGUGCCAACCUCCCGGGGCCAAGGCUGCCAUGGAAGGGCGGGGCGGGGGCGGGGCAGCAGGCUCCGCUCAGCGCGUCGGGGCCCUGACCCCUUAAUCCAGAGAGAGCGGAUGGAAAUUGACUUUUCAUAUCUUUCUCCUGAAAUGAAUUCUGUUUUAAAUUGGAAUAAAUUUUGUUCCUAAA